AUGCUGUCCAAUUUUCUAUCUAAAUCUUCUUCCAUAGAUUUAUGCUGAAGAAAUUUGUAUCCAAUCUUCAAUUAUCUUGUUGGGUUCAAUCCACAGAGAAAUAAAGAUUUUAGGUGAAGUGAUUCCAAACAAAAAAAUCCAAUCAGGCAUGGGAAGGAGAAAAAGGGUUUUAGAUGAAGUGAUUCCAAGCAGAAAAAACAAAUCAGGCAUGGAUUCAACAGCUAAUGAGCAAAUUGACCUGCGGCCUCAAUUUGGGGCCACAAACUCUGCUGAUGUAAGAUUACGAAUAUUUGGCCCAAACAGAGAAGAGUAUGAUGGAAAUCCUCUUCGCCUUCAUUCUCAAACUCUUCAAACUUCGGAACUUUUUAAGGCUUUGUUAUCAGAGCGCUAGUCUUCUCUCCGUUUUUCCAAUGUGGAUGAAUGCCUGGCAAUUCUAUCUGUUGCUUCGGAAUUGUUAGUGGAUAAACAGAACAAUAACUAUUUAGAAUUUGUCAGAGAGAAUAUCAAAGCAAUGCUAUAUUUUCUUUCCAGUUGUGACUGUGCCGACGAUAAACAACCAAUUAUUCGAGAAGCGGUGGGCAAAUUUAUAGUAGAAAAUUUGCAAGAAGAUGAAUCUUCAGGCAUCGCAGAAAUGUGCAGGCAUAUCAUUUUAGAGGAAUUUAAAGCUAACAUUGCAAUUGCCGUGACAUCAAAUACUGAAACAAAUCCGGCAGAUGAGGAGCAUUCUUAUUUUGCCCUGCUGUGGCCCUUUACUCUAAUUGAGCGCUGCGACGGGACGACAAUG